GGGUGUAAGGAACUUUGGGCUGCUUUCCUUUGGACUGAACUGAAAAAGGAGCAGCAGAGGAAACUUUCAGAAAUGGCAAAGCCUAUGGACCAUGUUAAACGUCCCAUGAACGCUUUUAUGGUGUGGUCGAGAGUCCAGAGACGGAAGAUGGCACUGGACAACCCGAAGAUGCACAACUCUGAGAUCAGCAAACGCCUCGGAGGAGAAUGGAAACUCCUGUCAGACUCUGAAAAAAGACCUUUUAUUGACGAGGCCAAACGCCUCAGAGCCGUUCACAUGAAAGAACACCCGGAUUACAAAUACAGACCGCGGCGAAAGCCCAAAAACUUGAUCAAAAAAGACAGGUAUCAUUUUAAUGUGACGUACAAUCUGGGUGACAGUGACCCGUUGAAAGCGGACUCGAGCGCGGAGAAGACGUCUGCUACUCGAGCGUUUUUUAGUCACCACCUGUCCACCAAUCCCUAUCCGUUUCUCGACCUGACCUCCAAAAUGUCGGAAUUACCCCCUGCACCUUUCCCACAUUACUCAAUGCUCGGGUAUCCCGGGGGAGUCUCCGCGUUUCACGGGAUUCCCGGGCUUCUGGCCGGUGCGCCGCACGCUCACCCGUCUGCGGGUAACCCGGGCCACAUGGUGCCCUAUAACUGCCUGGGCUGGCCGGGAUCUGGACCUGUUGUUCCUUCAUCGUACGUGCUUUUCCCAGGAAUGACCAAAGCUCAGCAUGAACCUUAUCUGACUUACGCCGCGACGAUAUGAUUGGAAAUGAAUGGACCACAGUGUUCGUGUGGUGUAAGGUCACGUGCACUUGUUUAAAUCUUUGCAUUUUGUAAAAAUAAAUAAAUGUUUAAAAUAU